AUGCCUCCAAGACGAAGAAGACACGGCAUCGAGUUAGGAUUGAUAUUGCUUUUAAAUGAAUUAUUACAAUUCGGUAUGAAAAAUAUACCACCAAUUACAUUGGGAUCAAUUGUGGGACAGACUUUACUUUAUAUGGGUUUUAUAAAUGUGCCCUGGGACAAAGAAGAUGUGUGUUUGAGUGGUAAUGGCAUUCUAAAAUUAAAGGACUGGAAAAGAUUAUUUUUAUCAGCUUUAGAGCACGGAGAUGAUAUGCAUUUAUACUACAAUAUGGCUUCUUUUUUAAUAAAAGGAAGAUCAUUAGAAAAAAGAUAUGGAAGCAAAUGUUUUGCCAUAAUUUUAAUUUUUUUAACUAUUCUUACGAGUGGAAUUUAUGUUUUACUAGCUCAAGCAAUGAGCGAAGUUUUCGAAAAUGAUUCUUAUAUGAAAUCUUGUGCCAUAGGAUUCUCUGGUGUAAUUUUUGCACUUAAAGUUUUGACAACUCACGAAGAACCAAGUUUAAGAGCCACAUUAGUGGGAGUACAAAUUCCUGGAAAAUAUGCAGCUUGGAUUGAAUUAAUACUAAUUCAUUUAUUAGUACCUAACUCUUCUUUCAUGGGGCAUUUAGCUGGCAUUUUGGCUGGUGUAAUUUAUUGUAAUACAAUAUUUGGAAAUGUUUUAGAUAAAUCAAUCAGCUUUUUAACUGGUAAUUUUAAAGUAACACAGCCAAACUAA